GGGACCGAGGAAGACAUGGAUUCUGUUCUGAAUUUCAAUGACUACACUAACUGGGACAGAGACACGUGGGCAAUCUCAUUCAACUAUACUAUGAAGAAGCUGAAGUUGAGACAUUUUGAGGAAGCGCCGAUCGAUGUUGUCAUGGACAGCAUGAAGACAAUGAGCCAAUCAUGUGGAAAUUUUUCUGCACGAAGCAUUGAUAUCAUUACAAAUCGGGUAUUGACUAACGUCGAAAGCAUGUCAAGCAUACCAGCUCCAAUGAAUGAUGACUUGAUGAAUCUCCUUCAACAAUGCGGAGCUGACCCGAGCAAGAUUAGGACUGUCUAUGAUGAUUCGGUGAUCCUGUCGACGAUGGAUGUUAGCCACGCAUCUCCUCGUAAUGCUAUGAAAUUUAUUGAGGAUAUCCCGACAUUUAAUCCGGCAACUCUGACUAGGGCCCAGAUACCGAGAUUAGUGAACGCGAUGAAUAGAGCACAACUGAAGCGACUCAAUGCAACAGAGAUGGAGCAUGCGCUGUGUGAUUUCUGUAACACGACGUUUGGCAGACUAGAGAGAAGAAAGAAAAAGGUGGUGACAGAAGUAUUUCGUCGAAAACUUCCAAACUAUACGAACCCAAAGACUCUGAAUGCUACAACAGCUGAAUGCAUAAGAUGCAUGAUUCCGUAUUUGCCCGUCUCUCAAUUCAAAAACAUUCCUACUGAUGUCAUGAAAGGAAUGAUGUCCGGCAAUAUCCUAAAGGAAAUGGAAAUAACCAACAGGGAGCAGGCUCGGGCAUUGCUGCCAUUGACAAGGUCGCUUUACAACAGAAUGGAUGGACGAUUUACCAGUGAGAACCUGAGGCAAAUGGGACCACGUGUGUGUUUGAAUGCCUUAAACGCCACAGACUUUGAAGCCAUCCCUGACGCGUCUUAUGACGUAGAUCUAUUGAACUCUUUUGACGAAAGUCUGCGCGAGGACGUCAGAGUGGGAACCAGAGCGAUUAUGAAUAAACUGAAAAGAAAGUUCCAGACCCAACUUGGAACUAAAAAGCUACUGCAGUCAAAAUUUGCACAGGCCAUAUCACCAACCGAUAUUGAGAGUAUGCCUUCUGCUGAUAUCAUUGACGUCAUGAAUAGUGGCAAUGCGCUGUUAGUUUCUGCCAAGCAGUCCAGAACACUGAUGAAAAGGAUAAAACAAGAAAGCGGAUCCAGUGCAUUCGACCUACAGACCAUACAAAAUAUGGGCCCGGUCGUCUGUGGGUUUACAGUAUCUGAUAUCGGAAAAUUCACAAAGGACAGCACCUACGUCGAUAUUCUCAAUGCAAUCGCCAACAACAAUUGCCCUGGACAGAUCAGAGAAUUACACCGACUGAGAAAAGAAUACAUGGGUUUCGAUAACACUCCAGCAGCAACGUUAACGGCGGACACAACCCCUGCCACAAUAGGUGAUAUAUCGCCACAGAUACUCCUCAUGCACAGCAAGGAUGAAUUGAAUAAGUAUGGCACUCAGGUCUGUACAGAUAUCGUGGGGUCAUUCCAGUCGGUUGAUUUUAAGGAACUGCUAACAAAGGCAGAGCUUCAAGACAAAUGGGACUAUUUUCUAGCGUGCAAGGUAAGUAUUUUCGUACGUAUUGCAUUUAAUGACACAAUCUGUGCAAGACAAUUGCAUUCUUAGCGUUUAUGGGUCAUGGACGCA